AUGGUACUCAGGGGGCGCUGGGGUACUAGGGGCAAGAACGGGGUAGGAAUCUUAGUAUACAGGAAUCUCAGGGAGCUAGUGGUCGAUGUCAAGAGGGUGAACGAUAGAUUGAUGUCUAUUAAGCUAGUGGUUGGUGGGCUCACUUUAAGCAUGGUUAGUGCAUACGCACCACAAGCGGGCUUGGGAGAGGAGGUCAAGAGGCAAUUCUGGGAGGAUUUAGAUGAGCUGGUGCGCGGUAUUAUGCACACCGACAAGAUUUUCAUAGGGGGUGAUUUUAAUGGCCAUAUUAGGGAGACGGUUAGGGACUAUGAUGAUGUGCAUGGCGGGUUCGGUUUUGGGGUUAAGAAUGAUGGUGAUACUUCAUUGCUGGAUUUUUCUAGAGCCCUCGAUUUGGCGUUAGCUAACUCGUAUUUUCAUAAAAGGGAGGACCACUUGGUCACCUUCCAAAGUGCGGUGGUCAAGACUCACAUUGAUUACUUACUUUGCAGGAAGAGGGAUAGAGGCCUUUGCACUGAUUGCAAGGUUAUUCCGAGUGAGUGGCUUUUGACCCAACAUAGGCUCUUGGUUAUGGACUUGGAGAUUAAGAGGGAGAAGAAGAAGAGAGUGGUGUUUGGUCAACCUAAGAUUAAGUGGGGAGCCUUGACAGAGGAUAAAGCUUAG